UACCAAACCGCCUCUGUUUUGUUUCUACAAACUACAUCCAUCAUGGCGAUGCAUGCAAAAACAACUCCGCCACAGAUCCCCGACACCCGCCGGGAGCUCGCUGAGCUGGUGAAGAGGAAACAAGAACUCGCUGAGACACUGGUGAAUCUGGAAAGACAAAUAUAUGCAUUUGAAGGGAGCUACCUAGAAGACACCCAGAUGUAUGGCAACAUCAUCAGAGGAUGGGACCGAUACCUCACCAAUCAAAAGAACUCCAAUAGUAAGACUGAUAGAAGGAAUAGGAAAUUCAAGGAGGCAGAGCGAUUAUUCAGCAAGUCAUCUGUCACAUCAGUUGCAGCAGUAUGUGCACUCGGAGGGAUACCGGAUCACAUGAACGAAAAACGUGAGGCAGGGAGUGGCACGGAAAGCGAUGCCUCUCCAGAUCUCCAGAACCAAGAGAAUGAGCCCAGCCAAGAGGACACAGAAGACGUGGACUCGACACUGCAGGACCUAAAGCCUCAGAAGGCUGCCUCCUCUUCCUCCUCAGGCAGCCAUCAUGGGAGCCACAAGAAGAGGAAGAACAAAAACAGACAUAGUCCUUCUGCCAUGUUUGAUUAUGACUUUGAAUUUGACAUGAAAGUUAACAAGAAACCAAGAGCUGAUUAUUCUACUUAAAGACGACUGGAACAGCUGAAUACCCGAGGACACGUGAAGAGAAACGCAAGAUCUCUGUGAACUUUUUAUGCCCCCACCCCCAAGUUGUCAUAUUUCAGCCUGUACUGUGUGUAUUGCUUGAAACAUUCCCCCCCAUCACCUACCUUUGGUUACGGUUGAGAUUUUGACCUGCCAAUUAAGUAGAAAUCAGUUGUUGCAUGUUACUUGAGGUCCAAUGAGGCCAACUUCCAGUAACACACCAUCUUGUAUAGUGUUAAAAAAAGAUUGUAUUUAUUAUGUAGUUAAUUUCCAUGUUUCCCACUGUAAGAAUUUUUGCUUUUUUGUUAAGCACCACAUAGUUACAUGGCCCCUGAAUGCCCAGGAUUCUUUUAAUACAUGGUUUGUUUUUCAAAAUAAAAAAAUGAUAAAAUGCCACAUAUGUGAAUAUGUUUUGGUUUUGUACUUAAAUGUCUGUAGCUGUUAGUAAAGCCAGUGCCUUUCAUCACUCAUAGCAAUUGUUGGAUGUUGUGAAUUUGCUGAAUCACCCGACAUCUCAGUUGUUUCUUGUUGGCAGAUGCCUGUUGGGUGGGGUCACCACGCGUAUGGUCCGUAAAAGGUUAUAAUAUGGAAGAGUCCAGAUUUAAGUGUUUACUUAAGUAAUACAGGGAAUAGCCGGCACAUUCUCUUCUGACAGUUCUCUGUUUGUUUUAUGAAAAUAGUUACUUAAGUAAAUAGACCUCUCAGAGCACAAGCUAUUGACAGCGCAGUGCUAUUUACACAAUGUUGUCUGUCUUUUGUCAGUUGUAAACUAACAUCUCUGGCUGUUUUAAUAAACAGUUGAUGCAAACACUA